GUUGCAAACACGGAAGAUUUGCUGGUCUGCCCUCACAACAUCCCUGCAAGCUAAAAGUUGCAGACAGAUGUGAAUGAGGUGAACAGAGCAGUGGUAACAGAUUUCUUCUUGACUGUGUGACUGCUGAACGAGAAGCACAAGGAUGGAGUCUGGCAUGGAGGAGAUCCCAGUUAAAGUUGCAGUCCGAGUUAGACCUCUGCUUUCCAAAGAAAUACUUCAUAACCACCAAGUCUGUGUCAGAUUAGUUCCAAACGCUAAACAAAUUAUCAUUGGAAAGGACCAUGUCUUCACUUUUGAUUUUGUAUUUGGCAAAAAUUCAACCCAAGAAGAAGUUUAUGCUGUUUGCAUUAAGCCUCUUCUAGUGUCUCUGACUGAAGGAUACAAUGCUACAGUGUUUGCAUAUGGACAGACUGGUUCUGGGAAGACUUACACCAUUGGUGGUGACCACAUUGCAUCAGUUGCAAUGGAUGAAAGGGGCAUAAUCCCACGGGCUAUUCAGGAAUUAUUUAAUCAUAUUUCUGAACAUCGUAAUAUCAACUUCUGUGUGAGGGUAUCCUAUAUAGAAAUUUACAAGGAAGAACUUCGAGAUUUGUUGGAUUUGGAGACCUCUGUAAAAGAGCUACAUAUCCGAGAAGAUGAGAAGGGAAAUACAGUGAUUGUUGGUGCUAAGGAAUUCCAAGUAGAAUGUGCAGAUGAAGUGAUAAGCCUGCUGGGAAGUGGCAAUGCAGCUCGUCACACAGGCACAACACAGAAGAAUGAGCACUCCAGUCGAUCUCAUGCCAUUUUUACCAUCAGUAUUUGUCAGAAGCAGUCUGCAGAGUAUCAGAAAAAUACUGAUGCUGCACAGGAUCCAAUUGCUUCAAAGUUUCAUUUUGUGGAUUUGGCAGGAUCAGAGAGGGUAGCAAAGACUGGAAAUACUGGUGAACGCUUCAAAGAAUCAGUUCAGAUCAAUAGUGGUCUCCUGGCCUUGGGAAAUGUCAUCAGUGCCCUUGGAGACCCAAAGAGGAAAAACGUACAUAUUCCAUACAGGGAUGCUAAAAUCACUCGUAUUCUGAAAGACUCCCUUGGAGGAAAUGCCAAGACUGUUAUGAUAACAUGUAUAAGUCCAUCUUCACUGGACUUCGAUGAAUCUUUAAAUUCCCUCAAAUAUGCAAACAGAGCAAAAAACAUUAGAAAUAAACCAGUAGUAAAUUACAACCCAGAAAAAGACCGAAUUGAUGAAAUGGAACUUGAAAUCAGAUUGCUUCGGGAAGCUUUACAGAGCCAGCAGGUCAGUAAUCAGCAUGUACAUGACUUAAACGAAGAAAAAGCCCGUAUCAGUUCACUUGAGGAGCAGCUCACCCGCCUUCAGGUUCAAUAUUUCAGUUACAGAAAUUGUGUAGAUGAAGCCUUCCCCUUUCUGGUUGACUUGAAUGAUGAUGUUAGCUUAAGAAGAAGUCAGCGGGACAGGCUGCAGAGCUGGAUCACUAUGGUACAGAAAGUAAGGAAGGAAGCUUUCACCGUCCAGGAAACUGAGACAGGGACUGAGACCAGCCCAGUACCACAUCACAUCACAAUUCUUCAGCUGAAGAGGGAACUAAAGAAAUGCCAGCAGAUACUAGUUACGGAUGAAGAACUAUUUAGCCAGAAGAAUCAUGAACUGCAGAUACUGCGGAAUCAGAUAAAGACAUUACUACAAGAAAAGGAAGAACAACAGGAAUUUUUAAAGGAAGCUCAAGAAACACAAAGAUUACAGACUGAGAAAAUGGUGGAACAGCAAAUACUCAUUGAUCAGCUAAAAUUGAAAUUAGAGAAGUUUACAGAUGUGAAAGCUUUAGAUUUCCCACGUGCUUAUAAAGAUGGACCAGCUGUCAUGGCAUUUGCUAGGAGGCCCUACAGUGUUCCAGUCACAAAAAACCUGCUACGCCCACUUCCCCUGACUUCAGGGACAGAGAUACAAAAGGGGUAUACCAGCCCCCCUGUCUUGUCCCUGGCCCAGAUAAUGGCAGAAUUCCAUGUUCGCAGACAGAUUAUGCUGAGCAAGUUAGAAGAGCAAGAUAAAGUCCUUCACCACCACCUCUCUGAUCAGAGUGAUGAAGACACAGGCAGCGAAGAGAAAACCUUAUAUAAGCAUUCCAUGAACCAAACAUGGACACAAAAUCACACUUCUUUCUGCUUCCUUCCUGAUGUAAGUGACGUGAAAUGUCAAGUAGAAAAGUCUGGUUUGUCCAAUAAAUCUGCGCUACAAACUGACACAACCACAGGUGAAGAGAUUGACAGUCUCCAGAAAAUCCAUGUUUUUAACAUGCAGAAGUUAAAGAAUUCAGAGUUGAGACUCGCUGAGGCUGAGCAAAAAAUAAGAGAACUUUCACUUAAUAUCAAAAGGAAAGAGGAACUUAUUAAGGAAUUAGUAAGAACAGGUAAGGAUGCUCAGUCUGUAAGCAGGCAGUAUUCUUUGAAGAUGAGUAAACUGGAGAAAGAAAUUGAGCAGGCCAAAAGAGAACUGGCUGAAACACAAAAGCAGCUUCAGGAGCUGGACAGUAAAGAGCUGAAAGACAUUCCUGAGAAAGUUACGUUACAUAAAGAGUACCAGAAGAAGAUGGAGGCAGCUAAGGUGAAAGUGCAGACCUUGCAGAAGAAGCAGCAAGACACCAAGAAUUUGGCUUCAUUAUCUAAUCAAAGUGAGAGAGAAGCAAGAGAACUGGAGCAGAAAGUGGCUCAGAUGAAGCAUCAGCAAUCCCAGAUACAGAAGAGACUAUUUGAGGAGAGUGAAAAGAAGAAACAACUGGAAGCAGAGCUUCAGCAGGAUCAGCAACAAAUUAAAGAACUUCAACUUAAGAUGGAGCAACAACAGAAGAUCCUUAAACUUAAGGAUAAAGAAAUAGCUGCUUUUAAAAAGAAAAAUAACUUAGUGGGAACUCCACAGAAACUACAGAAAUUAGAAGAGCAGAAGAAGUGGCUGGAUGAAGAAAUGGAAAGAAUUCUUCAACAGCACAAACAGUUAGCAGAACUAGAAGAAGAUUUAAAGAAAAGAGAAGUCAUUGUAGCAAAAAAAGAAGCAUUAUUGCAAGAGAAAAGCCACCUGGAAAUCAAGAAACUGAGAUCUAGCCAGGCUUUAAACAAAGAUAGUAUGAAAUUGUCUACCCGCUUGAGUAUGCUGGAUCAGGAGCUGUGUGAUAAAAGUAUGCAGCUUCAGGGCAGCAGCACUGAAGACAAGUCAGACAUUUUGGAAAAAAUUCAGGCUCUCCAAAUGGAAAGGGACCAGCUGCUCAGAAGGAGAAACAGUAUGGAGGAGAAAUUGAAAGAUGGUAAAGUGUUGUCAACUGAAGAAGAACAUAUUCUUCUCCAGCUCGAAGAAGGAAUUGAAGCCCUUGUAGCUGCAAUUGAUUACAAGAAUGAAAGUAUUCAUCAUCGCCAGCACUUACUUAGGUCAUCUUCUCAGAGUCUUUCACAGAACAAGCAUAAUGUAAUAGGGAAACUAGUUUCCCUGUCUGCUGCUGAGCUCAGAGCUAUCAUCAUCAGUUAUUUCAACAAGAUUGUUGGCCUACGUGAGUCUGAACGAAAAUUACAAGUGCAGAUUGAAGAACAGGAAAUGAAGUCCAUACACCAGAAAAACAUGAUGCGUGAAUUAGAAUCUGCACUUGAACACAUCAAGUUGCAGUGUGACAGGCAGCUGACUCACCAGCGCCAAGAACAUGAGAAAAAAAUACAGCUUAUAUUGAAUCAUUUCAAAGAAAAAAAUAGUGAAGGUAUCGCAGAAACCCUGAAAGGGUAUGAAGUAAAAAUCCAGCAACUGGAAAAAGAUUUAUUUUUCUAUAAGAAAACCAGCAGAGAGCUGAAGAAGAAAUUGAAGGGUCUUCUUGGAGAGUCAUCUGAACAAUCAUUGUCAUCCACUAAAUGUAAGCAUAUUAUCUGA